UUUCUUUCUUGUAGGUUUUUAUUGAAAAAAAAAAAUCAAUUAAUUUAAUCAAAACCAUUUAAAUGUUGUAAUCCAUCGUAUCGCUGCCGCUGCAGGAAAUAAAACUUUUCCAUCAAUUUCAAAUUUUGAUAUGGAUGCAGAACCAACUACCAGUAACAAAAAAAAUGAAAAAUGCAAUAUAAAUAAUCAACGCUUGAUAGCCGAAAAUGGUGGCCGCUGCAUGAGUACGCAAGCGAUGCAAUCGCUCUAUGAUUUCCGACAAAAUAAUCUACUUUGCGACGCGGUAUUGAGAUUAGAAGAUGGUGGUGUCUUUCCGAUUCACCGAGCCAUACUUUCAGCGUGCAGUGCUUAUUUCAGGGCAUUAUUUACAACUACAUUGCAUUCCCGUGAAAAGACCGAUGUCCUUCUACCAGACGUCACAAGUCCGAUAAUGAAUCUUCUGCUGGAAUAUGCGUACUUACGAUCGAUCGAUGUGAAUCGUGAAAAUGUAUGUGAAUUGCUGAUCACAGCGGAUUACUUAAGUAUCAUAGGUGUGCUUGAUCUAUGCUGCGACUAUUUAAGAGACAAUUUGGCGCCGGAAAAUUGCAUCGGAGUAAUGACAUUUGCCCGUCAACAUUUUUGUAAGAAACUAGAAAACGACGCUUAUCGUUUCAUUGUAGGACACUUCGUCGAGGUGUCUCAGAGGAGCGAAGAAAUUUUACAUUUACCUAUCGAAGAACUGAGACCGCUGGUCGGCGCUGAUGAGUUAAACGUUAAGAGCGAGCAGACGGUUUGGGAAUUGGUUUUAAGAUGGAUAAAUCACGAUCCGGAGGCUAGAAAAGAUUAUAUCGUCGACCUAAUGAAGAAUAUCAGACUUGGUCUUUUAGAUACACAGUUUUUUCUGGAGAAUGUCAAAGAUCAUCCCUAUGUCGUGGGCAACGAUGCGUGCCGGCCCAUUAUCAUCGAGACUUUGAAAUUCUUGUACGAUUUGGAGAUGAUUACGCAAAAAGAUGGAGAAGUGCCGACGCCAGAAAUUGCGCGACCUAGAGUACCACAUGAGAUUUUGUUCGCCAUUGGUGGCUGGAGCGGUGGUUCUCCGACAAAUUACAUCGAGACGUACGACACAAGAGCGGACCGAUGGAUUCCGAUCGAGGAAACAGAUCCGACUGGUCCACGGGCUUAUCAUGGGCUUGCGGUGAUUGGUUUCGAUAUCUACGUCAUCGGUGGAUUCGAUGGUGUUGAUUACUUCAACAGCUGUCGUUGCUUCAACGCGGUGACCAAGGUGUGGCGAGAAGUUGCUCCCAUGAAUGCCAGAAGAUGUUACGUUAGUGUGGCAGUUUUAAAUAAUCUGGUUUACGCAAUGGGGGGCUAUGAUGGAUAUCAUCGGCAAAAAACGGCAGAGCGUUAUAAUUAUAAAACAAACCAGUGGUCCCUGAUCGCAUCGAUGAAUGUGCAGAGAUCCGACGCAAGUGCAACUACAUUAAAUGAUAAGAUAUAUAUUACGGGCGGUUUCGACGGACACGAUUGUAUGAAUACAGCCGAAGUAUACGACCCAAGCACCAACCAAUGGACAAUGAUAACAGCAAUGAGGUCACGUAGGAGCGGUGUGUCAUGCAUAUCUUAUCACGGCUGUGUUUACGUUAUUGGUAUUAAGACAUGUACUUAUUACAAAAAAUUCUAUUAUAUUAUUUAA